UAGCCAUCGACAGUGCAUAUAUAUGCUGGAUAUAGAUGGUAGCAACUGCCAUUGCCUAAAGAGAACUUCGUUGCAAUUCAGCUUUCGAGACUUGUGCUAUUUGCAAUGGCAACUUCCCUUAUGCUGUCAGCGGUGUCGGCGGCCCUGCUGGUCCUCGCUGCCUCGCCCUCGCCGGCCUCCGCUCGCUCCCUCGACGCCUCUCCUUCGUCUGCGUCCUCGGGAAACCACAGCCUCAGCAAGCGCUCUCUCUUCGACCCGGCGUGCACCGGCAUCUACGACCGCCAGCUGCUGGGGAAGCUGGGGCGCCUGUGCGACGACUGCUACAACGUGUUCCGGGAGCCCAAAGUGGCCACGGGGUGCAGGAGUAACUGCUACUACAACCUCAUCUUCCUCGACUGCCUGGAGUACCUGAUCCCGAGCCACCUUCAGGAGGAGCACAUGGAGGCCCUGCAGACCGUCGGCAAGUAAAGCAUUUCCCGGAACCGACCUUCCUCGACGUCGUGUGCGAACGGCCCGGAUUCACGAACGGCUUCAAGAAGGUCGCUUAGUUUUGGUUUCGAGCGAGAGAAAGCUCGGACACCCGCUACUUUGACUUGAUUUCGUGCUUGCGGCUGACUGCCUUGGCUAGGUCGAUUCUGCUCUGUUGCUGGAGGAGGAGAUGGCGUUCAUGUGUCUGGUUUAGGGCUGUGUCAAUCAAUGCCUGUAAGGUGAUGUAUGAGUCCGUCUACCUUUCCAUUUUGAAUAAACUCAGAUUAAAAGCUGUACGCAUAAA